ACAGAGAAUAUGGAGAGGGUGCAGAUUUGGAAGGAUGCUCUCACUCAAGUUGCAAAUUUAUCUGGUUGGGAAUCAAGGAAUAAAUGCAUGACUUAAUACAAGAAAUGGGUAUGGAAAUUGUUCGUCAACAAUCUCUUCAAGAGCUCGACAAACGUAGUAGAUUGUGGUUCCAUGAAGAUAUCUCUGAUGUAUUGAAAAAAAAUACGGGAAGUGAAAAGAUUGAAGGCAUAUUCCUCAAUUCGUUUCAUUUACAAGAGACAAUAGACUUUACCACACAAGCCUUUGCAAGGAUGAGUAAACUUAGAUUGCUCAAAGUCUAUCAAUCUGACAAAAUUUUCAGAAACUUUGAAGAUACAUUUAAGAAGGAGGAUUGUAAAGUUCGUUUCUCUUCGAAUUUUAAAUUUAGUUUUGAUGAAUUGAGGUACUUAGAUUUGUAUGGAUACUCCUUGAAAUCAUUGCCUAAUGAUUUCAAUGCAAAGAAUCUUGUUCACCUCAGCAUGCCUUGUAGCCGCAUUGAACAACUUUGGAAAGGAAUCAAGGUUCUUGAAAAGUUGAAAUGCAUGGAUCUUAGUCACUCUAAGUACUUAAUAGAAACCCCAAAUCUCUCAAGAGUCACCAACCUGGAACGGUUAGUUUUAGAAGAUUGUGUGUCUCUAUGUAAGGUUCACCCAUCACUUGUAGAUUUGAAGAAUCUCAAAUUUUUGAGUUUGAAAAACUGCAAAAUGCUCAAGAGUCUUCCAAGCGGCCCUUAUGACUUGAAAUCCCUUGACACAUUGAUUCUUUCUGGCUGCUCAAAAUUUGAACAAUUUCCGGAGAACUUUGGGAACUUAGAAAUGUUAAAGGAACUUUAUGCAGAUGGAACUGCACUAAGAGAACUACCCUCCUCUUUGUCUUCGUUGAGAAACCUUGAGAUAUUAUCUUUGGAGGGAUGUAAGGGACCACCAUCUGCCUCAUGGUUGUUUCCAAGAAGAAGUUCCAAUUCCACUGGUUUCAUAUUGCAUAAUUUGUCAGGCUUAUGCUCUUUAAGAAAGCUAGACCUAAGUGACUGCAAUUUGUCAGAUGAAACAAACCUUAGUAGUCUUGUUUUCUUAUCUUCAUUGGAAGGUUUAAAUUUAUGUGAGAACAACUUUGUUACGUUGCCAAACCUCAGUCGACUUUCACGCUUGGAAGUUGUUUGGUUGGAAAAUUGCACAAGACUUCAAGAACUGCCAGAUCUCCCAUCAAACAUUGUUCAAUUGAAUGCAAGAAAUUGCACAUCAUUGAAAAAUGUCUCGCUUCGAAAUGUCCAGUCAUAUGUCCAGCCAUUCCUUCUAAAGAAUCGCGUAAACGGGGGUAUAAACGUCAUUUGGGCAUUAGAAAUGAUCACUCCUGGGAGUAGACUACCAGAUUGGAUAAGGUAUCAGAGCUCAGGGAAGAAAGUAAUAGCAGAGCUACCUCCAAAUUGGUUUAAUUCCAACUUCCUGGGUUUUUGGUUUGCAACCGUCGUUCCCAAGUCUAGUACCAAUAUUCGUAAUUUUGAAUACGAGGUACACUGUUACUUUUCCUAUUCAAGAUCCGGUCGCUUUACUCACGGCAUCCAAGUCUGGCCUUGUUUGCAGCUUGAUCCUCACAUGCUAAAGUCGGAUCACGUAAAACUGCUUUAUGUACCACUUUCUUCCUUCAGUGAUUGGCAUCAAGUGACUCGUAUCAAGGCAUCGUUCGAGCCAGUUUCUGACCGAUUUGGUGUAGUUAAGCGGUAUGGAAUUGGUCUGGCGUACAGUAAUGAAGAUGUGAAUCACAACAACCCCCCAAUGAUCCAAUUCGGCUCUAUUUCCUCUGCUUCCUCUCCUCCUCCUAAUAAGUCAACAGUUGUCCUUACAGAAAUCCAUGAUGAGGAAUCCAGUGGAAGUGUUGAUGGCUCGGAAUUGGAUAAUUCUGGGUACUAUACUGCUGACGAGGGGGAACCAGCUGAAACUGCUUGCUCUAAGGAUCCGUCUGAAUCAGAGAUGCAGCCACAGAAACGCUUGAAAUGCAGCCAUUUUCAGGACAUCCCUUGACGAGGAGGAACCGGCAAGGAAAAUGCGUGAUAUGCACCCAAAUCUUCCCAUAACAUCUCUUGGUGCUGGAAACAAAUUACUUUGGCAGUGCAGAUUCUGGUUUGCUGGAAGCGGAAAAUAUUCUGGUAGUGCUGAUUCUGGUUUGCUGGAACUGGAAAUUAUUCUGGCUGUGCACUGAUUCUGAUUUGCUGGAAAUUAUUAUUGCAGAGUUUUGGGACUGGAAAUUAUUAUUUGCUGGAAAGUAGUUUCUUGUAAAAGAAUAUAAGUCUUGUCCCAUUGCAAAAUUUAUGUUCAAAGUAGCCCUUUUAUUGA